UGUGUGUACCCAUUGCUCUCACAGGUGUGGAGGGGGUGUGUGUUCCCUUGCACAAGUGUGGGUGUUCACGCGUGUGCACAGCUGCCUGUGUGCACACGUGUGUGUGUGUGCAGUGCCCAACACACCAGUGCCCCACACGCCUGUGCUCCAUGCACAGGCGUGUGCACCUCCCACGGGGAGCCACUGCGUGCCAUGGGGUGACAUAAGGAACCAUAGGGUGCCACAGACUGACAUGGAGUGCCAUGACCACGGGGUCACAUAAGGAGCCGUAGGGCAUCAUGGGGUGCCACAGGGUGCCAUAGGGUGUCAUUGUCAUGGGGUGCCACAGAGUGCCACAGGGUGCCAUGGGGCAUCCUGGGGUGCCAUAGUGUCCCAUAGGGAGCCAUAGGGAGCCAUAGGAUGCCAUGGCCAAGGGAGCUGUGACCAUAGGGUGCCAUAGGGUCCCACAGGGAGCUGUGGCCAUAGGUUACCAUAGGUUGCCGUGGCUAUAAAAUGCCCUUUCCAUAGGGGGUGUGUCCAUGAGCUCCGGUGUCUUUAAGCAGGGGUGUCUGUAAGCCUGUCCAUAAUCCCCUUUGUCCAUAAGCUGCUGUGUCUAUAAGUGUCGGGGCCAAACGUGCGGGGCUUUAGUGUGUCCUUACCGUGUUGGUACCUGUCCAUCCCACCUGUGGUGACAGCCAUGUGGCCCACGCUGCUGCUGCUGGUAGCCCUGGGUGUGCUGGCUCUGGGGCGAGUGGCCCACAAGCUGCUGGCCCCGUCCGGCAACCCCUUUGCCGGGCCACCCCUGGAGCCCCCCAGGCCACUGGUGACAGACCAACGCGCCCGGGACAGGGUGCUGAAGCGGGGUGAGUGCUGAGUGUCCGUCGGGUAUCUGUCUGUCUGUGUGUCCAUCUGUCCUGUGGAAUGCUGGGCGUGCUGCCCAUUGUGUGCCCUCAUGUUGCCUCUUGCUUGUGACAGCGUGGCUGAGCACACGCGUGUGCACAGGGUGCCCAGGGAUGGCCACUGGCAGGGGCUGAGCAUGUGCACAGGGCUCAGUGCCCAGUGGGGAUCGUGGGCAGAGGCUGAGCAGGUGUGUGUGCACAGGGUUCAGUGCCCAGUGGUGGCCACAGGCAGGGGCUGAUCAUAUGCUUGUGCCCAGGGUUCAGCACCCGGCAGGUGCCAAAGAGGCUGGAUGGGGUUCCCGUGGGCAGUGAUUGAUCAUGUGUGCAGGGCUCCGGUGUCCUGUGGGUGCCGGAGUGGCUGGACAUGGGCACUGCAGGGUCACUGUGGGAUCUGAGCACACUGUCAGGUGCACUGUGCCUGCACAGGGUUCAGGGUGUCUGGUGGUGAUCACGGGCAGGGGCUGAUCACACGUGUGUGCCCAGGGUUCAGCACCCAGCAGGUGCCAGAGCGGCUGAACAUAGUGGCCAUGGGUAGUCAUUAAUCCCACAUGUGUGUGCCCAGGUUCAGUGCCCAGUGGUGGCCAUGGGCAGUGGUUAAUCCCACACAUGUAUGCAGGGUUCAGUGCUCAGUGGUGGCCAUGGGCAGUGGUUAAUCCCCCACCUGUGCCCAGGGUUCAGCCCCCAGCGGGUGCCGGAGCAGCUGGACGCCGUGGUCAUCGGCAGUGGCGCAGGGGGGCUGGCAGUGGCCACCACCCUGGCCAAGACAGGCCGGCGGGUGCUGGUGCUGGAGCAACACGACAAGGCCGGCGGGUGCUGCCACACCUUCCAGCAGCAUGGCAUCGAGUUUGACGUUGGCAUCCACUACGUGGGGCAGCUGCACGAGGGCAGCCUCCUGCGUGUGGCACUGGACCAGAUGACGGACGGGCAGCUCUGCUGGCAGCGCCUGCCCGACCCCUACGACGAGGUGACCCUGGGACCCCGGCGCUACCAGCUGCACGCCGGCAAGGUGGCCUUUGUCACCGCACUGGAGGAGCAGUUCCCCACGGAGAAGGCGGCCAUCAGGGAGUUCAUGAAGAUCUCCAAGGUGGCCUCGCGGCACGUGGCACUGCUGGCCGUGCUGAAGCUGGUCCCGCACUGGGUGGCCACCCUCCUACUCCGCUCCAGCCUCCUGUCCCUCCUGUCCCCCGUGUUCCGCCUGGCCACCACCAGCCACAGCCAGGCUGUGGCCCAGCUCACCUCUGACCCCGACCUGCGCGCCCUGCUCGGCUACCUCUUCUACGGAACGGCCCCGCGGGACUCCAGCUUCCUGGCCAACGUGCUGAUGGUUCACCACUACCAGCGGGGGGCCUGGUACCCGCGGGGGGGGGCCAGCGAGAUCGCCUUCCACGCCGUGCCCGUCAUCGAGCGCGCGGGGGGGGCCGUGCUGGUGCGUGCCCCCGUCACGCGCAUCCUCGUCAGCUCCGCCGGCACCGCCCUGGGGGUGGCGGUGCAGGUGGGGUCCAAUAAGGAGGAGCUGGAGAUCCGUGUGCCCCUUGUCAUCUCCGAUGCUGGAAUCUUCAACACCUUCGGCAAACUGCUGCCCCCCCAGAUCCGCAGCCACCCCGGUGUCCAAUCCCGCCUGGCCAUGGUGCGGCCGAGCAUGGGCUCCUUCCUGGUGUUCGUGGGGCUGCGGGGCAGCGCAGCCGAACUGGGCCUGCCCCCCACCAACUUCUGGAUCUACCCCCACAACGACCUGGACACCAUGAUGACCCAAUACGCUGCCCUGAGCCGUGACGAUGUCCCCGAAAACCUGGCCAUGAUGUUCAUCACCUUCCCCGCUGCCAAGGACCCCACCUACGAGCAGCGGCACCCAGGCCAGUCGUGCAUGACCAUCCUGACCAUGGCACGGUACGAGUGGUUCGAGGAGUGGGCCGGGAGCCUCCCCAGGCACCGCAGCUCCGACUACCAGCAGUACAAGAUGUCCAUUGCCCAGCGGCUGCUGGAGAGGGCCCUGCUCCGCUUUCCACACCUGAGGGACAAGGUGGAGUUCAUGGAGGCAGCAUCACCGCUUACCAACCAGCACUACCUGGCGGCCCCGCACGGGGCGAUGUAUGGCGCCGAGCACGACCUGGGCCGCUUCUGCCCCGCUGUGAUGGCCACCCUGAGAGCCGACACCCCCGUGAGGAACCUCUACCUGACAGGGCAGGACGUGUUCUCCUGCGGGCUGGCAGGGGCUGUGCAUGGGGGGCUGCUCUGCGCCUCGGCUGUCCUGGGCCGCCUGCUCUACCUGGACCUCCUGCUCCUCAAGAGGAAGAUCAAGCGGCGCCAGGGCCGGCACACGGCAUGAGGGGGACACCGGCCGUGGGGACACCAGGUGUGGGGACACCUGUC